GUUAAAGAUUUGCUAUUGUUUCUGGAGUUCGGCGCUAAUCUCAUCCACAGUCGAAGCAAACGAAGCUCACCCAACCCACAACCAUGGCUACGGCUACUGCUGCUUCUUCCGCGGCUCUCAUGGCUUCCUCCCAACCUCUCUACCUCCCAAUCACCAAAACCCAUUCCAACAGACUCUCGCUUCGCUCUCGCACCAUCACCUUCACCAACUUCGCUCUCACCCGCCCCCAAAUCUCGCUCUCCUUCUCUCUCCCUCGAAACCCCAAACCCCUCCUCAUCCGCGCCACCAAACGCACAACCCUAGCUCCAAUCGCCGCACCUCUCACCACUCCUCCUCCUACGUUCCAAGCCCCGACCGAGUCUCCUCUCGCCGGGUCCACUCGGACGCUCACCACGCUCUGCGCCCUAGUUUUCGCCGUCGCUCGUAAGUUCUCCUUCUCGAUUCUCAACCUCAAUUCUUCUCUCUCGCAUAGCCUCGCGCCCGCCGCUGGCUCGCUGUUUUUCGCGGCUCUCCGGGACCGCCCCAGCGGGUACCUGAACACGCCGCUUACUGUCGUGGCCGCCGGGCUGUCCAAGUGGCUCGACAUCUACAGUGGGGUUUUGAUGGUUAGGGUUCUGCUCAGUUGGUUCCCCAACAUUCCUUGGGACCGGCAGCCGCUUUCGGCCAUUAGAGACCUCUGUGAUCCUUACUUGAACCUCUUCCGCAACAUUAUCCCGCCGGUUUUCGAUACAUUGGAUGUCAGUCCGCUCUUGGCGUUCGCCGUGCUCGGCACGCUCGGCUCGAUUCUCAGUAGCAGCACCGGAAUCUAGGGAGUCGGAGGGAAAAAGAUUGGCUCUUGACUCGGCUCGGUAGUAAGGUGUUUUUCAUUGAAUAUUUUGUAUUAGUUUCAAGUUCAGUUCGCUCAUAUAUAAAUAUAUAAAAUUUUGACUGUUUUAGCUUGAACAAAGAGGUUUUUAUAAUCUUUAGUGGUCGAAUAGCUAUACAUAAUUUAUAUGCCACCAAAUUUGCUCUCUUUGCUUAGUUGUUUCACAAAUGGAAUCACUUUUCCUA